AUCUUUCAUGCAAACAUUUCGAUCUUCUUCAAUUCUUGGAUAUCUAUUUGCAGGCAAUAUAAUAAUGGCCAUGGGUGCUGCUAAUAAAUGGUGGUCUUGUUCUUGGGUUCCCAGCAGUGGUGUGUGCAUUGUUGUUGGGGUUGUAGUGCUACUGAUCCUAGGAGGUGCGGUGAGUGAAGCAGAGGGUCGAGCAUUUUUCGUGUUUGGGGACUCGCUGGUUGAUAGUGGCAACAAUAACUACUUGGCCACUACUGCUAGGGCGGACUCCCCUCCUUAUGGACUUGAUUACCCAACCCACAGACCAACCGGCCGUUUCUCUAAUGGCUUAAACAUCCCUGACAUUAUCAGUCAGCAGAUUGGGUCUUCAGAAUCCCCACUGCCUUACUUGAGCCCACAGUUUAAUGGCCAAAGAAUGCUUGUUGGUGCCAACUUUGCAUCAGCAGGGAUUGGGAUUCUCAACGACACCGGAGUUCAAUUUGUGAAUAUAAUCAGAAUGCCCCAGCAACUGGACUACUUCAGGGCAUAUCAGCGGCGCGUGAGUGCAAUGAUAGGAGCCCAGCGCACAAAGCAGCUGGUGAACCAGGCUCUUGUUCUCAUCACAGUAGGAGGGAAUGACUUUGUGAACAACUACUAUCUUGUGCCUAACUCUUUCAGGUCUCGCCAGUAUUCUCUCCAGGAUUAUGUGCCCUUUCUCAUCUCAGAAUACAAAAAACUCUUGCUGAAGUUUUAUGCUCUCGGGGUUAGAAGGGCCCUCGUGACAGGAACGGGACCGCUGGGGUGUGUGCCAGCGGAGUUGGCACAGCGCAGCAGAAACGGGGAGUGUGCAGCAGAGCUGCAGAGAGCUGCAGCCCUCUAUAACCCACAGCUCAAUCAAAUGCUGCAAGGGCUUAACAGGCAGCUAGGCAGGACUGUUUUUAUUGCUGCAAAUACACAGCAAACUCACAACGAUUUCGUUAGCAACCCCCGGGCAUUUGGGUUUGUUACAUCAAAAGUGGCGUGCUGUGGACAAGGACCAUACAAUGGGCUCGGCCUCUGCACAGCACUGUCUAACCUGUGCUCAAACCGGGAUCAGUAUGCGUUCUGGGACCCCUUCCACCCCUCCGAAAAGGCUAACAGAUUGAUUGUCCAGCAAAUCAUGGGAGGCACGACGAAAUACAUGAAUCCCAUGAAUCUCAGCACUAUUCUAGCAAUGGAUCCCGACGCAUAGAUUCAUGAUUAUUCCCAGCAGAUUCAUCUUGUUUCCCCUUUGAAUUUCCCUUCAAGUUGUUUUUUAUUCCCAGUAAUAAGUUUAUUGUCUGUUUAGAAGGAGGUAUGCUCCUCAGGAUUAAUGUCAAGUGUGAUCAGUUAAGCAUUUCCAAUUCUCUCAA